AUGCGUGGCUGCAUUCUCGCACUCUUAACUACGUUGCUCGCUUUCGCCGAUGGCCACGGCUUUCUCAUCAACCCGACGCCAACCUUCAACGAGCUCAACGGCGACCGCACGAAAUACUGCGGCACGAUCGAUGGUCCCACGACGCUGCCCGGAAGCAGCUACAACCAAGACCCGGCGUGGAACACGCUGCAGUUUACAACACAGUUUAAAGCGAGCCCGUUUCGGACGUUGGCCGCCUUUGUCGAUAGCCAAAACGUCGCGUCGUGUGGCAGGUGCGGCAUCACGAAUGCUAUCGGUGCGGCGCAGCCUCUUCCUAGCGUCCUCAAGUGGGCCAACGGCCAAGAAGGCUUUGUCGCAUCGCACGAAGGCCCGUGUGAAGUCUGGUGCGACAGCACGCGGGUCUUCCAGAACGACAACUGCGCCGCCAACCAGCAGAGUGGACUCCUCUCGAUCGACACGACUCUGUGCGCUGGCGCCAAACAGCUUCGGCUGCUAUGGCUCGCGCUGCACACGCCGUCGUGGCAAGUGUACAUCAACUGCGUGCCGCUCAGCGGCAGCACGGUUGUGAUCCCACCUGCUGCGAGUCCGAGCAUGACACCGACCUCGGCACCGACCCCGGCACCGACCCCGGCACCGAGCAGCAGUGUAGCCUCGACGGGCGCGCCGACGCCAGCACCGAGCGAUGGCGUCGCGUCCGUGUCACCGGGACUCGUUGCUGGACCGUGGAAGCAGUGCGGCGGCUCGGGGUUUGCCGAAAAGUUACAGUGCGUCUGCGGCUACGAGUGCACAGGCUACUCGCCGAGCUACGCGCAGUGCACAAAGCGCCGACCAAGCGACGGCGCGCUCGAGACGUACCAGCAAUGCGGUGGCAACGCCUACUCGGGCAGCACCACGUGCUCGCACUGCGACGUGUGUGUCAAGGUCAACGACUACUACUCGCAGUGCUUGCCGCCAAACUACUACAACUAG